AUGACGAAAUUCCAUGCUACAGACCAAAGAGAUAAGAUAUUUGGUCUUCUCGGUAUAGCCGCAGAGUGUCAAGACCCGUCGCAAAUUCCACCCGCUUUACGCCCAGACUACAGCGUCGAUUCGACAGAGACGUAUUUGAAAGUGGCUCGUUUCCUACUAGAGAAUGGUAGUUCACUUGCCAUACUCACCAGGGCACACGGUGCAGAUGGCUGCUCAAUGAGAAAACAACGAGUACACAACCUUGCAGACUUGCCCUCUUGGACUCCAGACUGGAGCGACUUUAGAGUAUUUAAUAAGGGUAUACGGACAAGUCUUGCUCGUGUUCACUUCUCUGACCUAGAGAAGCCACCCAUGUUGGGUUUUGCCGAGUCAUUUGCCGCAUCGUCUGGGCUCGAGCUAAAAUUACAUGAAGUCAACGACAUGUCUGUUCUACGUGUCAGUGUUGCGAGAUUGGCUACAGUGACCCAUUGUUACUACUUUAGUGAGAACGAGGUAUCGAAAGAAGAUUUCAAAGACACAAUUGACAACGACCUUCGAACAGCAUGGAACAUGUCUCUUUCAGUACUGAAUACAGGUGAUUUGUCUUCUUGGGCAACUAGCUUCAUCAAGGCUACUACUGCCGAGCGCUACGACCUUAUCGGACGGUCAUACGAACAGACAAUACGAGACGGCAUGGCGUAUCUCGUUCAACAAUUGGAUAUCGAAGGAAUAGAUAUGAGUUUGCCUUGUGGUGAGAGCGACAGGGAAAGGAACAUGGAGCUGCUACGACAGUUGUCGGUCGGAGGAAAUGCCAAGGACUACAUUACUCUAGCCUACACCUAUUGCUUUGAUAGGUGUUUCAUGAUCAUGUCUACAGGAAAUAUUGGGAUCGGUCCAUCGGAUGCCCGGGUCGGUGAUUGUGCUGCUGUUAUCCUGGGUAGUGAUGUCCCGUACGCUCUUCGCAACAAUGGCCCUUUGUGGUCAUUUAUAGGGGAGUCGCACAUAGAAGGAUACAUGGAUGGCAAGUUGACGAAGAUGAUAGGGCAGGGGGCCCUUCAAGAGGAGAUAUUGGACAUAAGAUAA